UGGACCCGCUAUUGUUGUCUCUUUCUGGGGAGCCCUGACCCACCAUCAAGCGGCGAUUUCUGAUGCUUUUAUUGUUAUGCUUCGUGGUCACACCGCCAUAUUAAUCAGUGUUUGGAAGCUCGCGGGGUGUCUUCGCUGUUAAGGAAUUAAAAAAAGGAUCCCAAGGAGGGAAGGAGUUGGCGCUGGGGAAGUAGUUAAUCGGUAUGGGACAGAAGGAGGACUGAGAUUCAACGUUUGAGUGCCUGUGUCGGCUCUUUCCACUUCUUUGGCGGACACAAAAAGGUGGUGAAGGAAGGGAAAAGCUCUCGGGACGCAUGUAGCCGUCGCACAACGCGGCUGAGGUUGGUUUUAAGGCUUGACGAUGGGUUGUGUCAGGAGUAAAGAGGACAAGGGUCCGGCCUUGAAGUACCGACCCGACAACUCCAAUGCCACACAGGUCAACGCUCACCUGGGCCACUAUGGGCCUGAACCCACCAUGAUGGGUCAUUCACCUUCUGCGAAGGCACAGAACAACAGCCACACCUCUGCUCUCACACCUUUUGGUGGAACGUCUUCAGUCAUAGCGCCAUUUGGAGGAGCCUCCACUUCCUUCACCUCUGUGGCUGUGAACACCCCCUUCCCCAAUGUGAUCUCAGGUGGAGUGACAUUUUUUGUCGCUCUGUACGACUACGAAGCGAGGACGUCUGACGAUCUGUCGUUCAAAAAAGGGGAUCGCUUUCAGAUUAUUAAUAACACGGAAGGUGACUGGUGGGAGGCCCGCUCCAUCAACACAGGAGAGAAAGGUUACAUCCCCAGUAACUAUGUGGCACCGGCUGACUCCAUACAGGCUGAAGAGUGGUACUUUGGUAAAAUGGGCCGCAAAGAUGCAGAGCGUCUCUUACUGCUUCCAGGGAAUCAACGGGGCACUUAUUUGGUACGAGAGAGUGAGACAACAAAAGGUGCCUACUCUCUGUCUAUACGCGACUGGGAUGAUGUGAAGGGAGACAACGUCAAGCACUACAAGAUCCGCAAGCUGGAUAGCGGUGGAUAUUACAUAACCACACGAGCCCAGUUUGAGACCCUACAGAAACUGGUGAAACACUACACAGAUCAUGCAGACGGACUUUGCUACAGGCUGAUGACUGUGUGUCCGACAGUCAAGCCUCAAACUCAGGGACUAGCUAAAGACGCCUGGGAGAUCCCACGAGAGUCCCUCCGGCUGGAAGUCAAACUGGGGCAGGGCUGCUUCGGGGAAGUCUGGAUGGGCACAUGGAACGGGACUACUAAAGUGGCGAUCAAGACGCUGAAGCCAGGCACCAUGUCACCAGAGGCUUUCCUGGAGGAGGCUCAGAUCAUGAAGAAGCUAAGGCACGACAAGCUGGUGCCUCUGUACGCGGUGGUGUCUGAAGAGCCCAUUUACAUCGUCACGGAGUUUAUGGGCAAAGGUAGUUUGCUAGACUUUCUGAAAGAGGGGGAUGGAAAGUAUCUGAAGCUGCCGCAGCUGGUAGACAUGGCCUCACAGAUCGCAGAUGGCAUGGCCUUCAUCGAGAGGAUGAACUACAUCCACAGAGACCUGAGAGCUGCCAACAUCCUGGUGGCUGAUAACCUGGUUUGUAAAAUCGCAGACUUUGGCUUGGCUCGACUCAUUGAGGACAACGAGUACACGGCACGCCAAGGAGCUAAAUUCCCCAUCAAGUGGACCGCCCCUGAAGCUGCAUUGUACGGUCGCUUUACGAUCAAAUCCGACGUCUGGUCUUUUGGGAUACUACUGACAGAGCUGGUGACCAAAGGCAGAGUACCUUAUCCAGGAAUGGUGAACCGAGAAGUUCUUGAGCAGGUGGAGCGAGGUUACCGGAUGCCCUGCCCCCAGGGCUGCCCCGAGUCCCUCCAUGAGAUGAUGAAACAGUGCUGGAAGAAGGAGCCGGACGAAAGGCCGACCUUUGAAUACAUCCAGUCCUUCCUCGAAGACUACUUUACAGCCACAGAGCCACAAUACCAGCCUGGAGACAAUCUCUAGUCUAAAGGAAUCUGGGACGAACUCUUGCACAUGGAGGUAGAAAUCAAGCCACGGGACGAGAGAGUUUUAAUAAGGCCGCGACAAGAAAAAACAAAAUUUUACAAAACUAGUUUUCAAUGAAACUAACGUACCUGGUAGGUGUCUACGUUUGCGGAUGGGCGCUUCCAUCUAAAGCACCACAACACUGUGAUUAGAGUGAGAUUACAAAUUAAGCAGAUGCAGACUUUUUUAUAUAUAUAUAUAUAUAAAUUUCCCCACCC